AGGAGCUAAAUUCAAUCCAACCCUAGUGCAAGCUGAGACUUCUUUCUGGAUGAUUAUGCAGGUCAAGAACUAUAAUUUGUAUACGGGUUGUAAUUUGGUAGAUUUAGUUUGUUAGAUUUGAGCUGCAUUUUACUAUGUCUGCAACGAAAAUCAUAGCUAUAUGCCAGUCAGGUGGCGAGUUUCAAACCGAUAGUGAUGGUUCCAUGUCGUAUCAUGGUGGAGAGGCAUAUGCUGUUGAUCUUGAUACCGACACGAAAGUUAUUGAUUUUAAACAAGACUUGGCAGACACGUUUGGAUAUAGCGUUGAUAACAUGUUGAUCAAGUAUUUUCUCCCUGGAAACCGAAAGACACCUAUCAUGAUAUCAAAAGACAAAGACCUUAAACGCAUGAUUAACUUCUUUUCUAAUGCCGAUCAAGUCGAUGUCUUUGUCGUGCCUCAAGAUGGCUGUCAGGGACUCAUAAAUGUCUCAAACGCGCCUGCUAGUAGGUCAAGCAGGACAACAGUCUCUGAUGCAAUUGUUCAUGUAUCUAGCCCAACUGAAACAAGCCAAAUAGAUAACCACCUGGAUGCAGAUGAAACUAACGCCUUGGUUAUAGAUAAGCCGGUGUCACCCUUGCAAUGUAUACUUGAUUCAAAUUGGGAAAAACUACAUAAUAAAGCUGCAACACAGUGGCAGAAUGCAAUCACUGGUGUGGAGCAAAGAUUUUCUAGUUUUGCUGAUUUUCGUGAAGCUCUCCAUAGAUUUUCAAUUGCUCAUGCUUUCCGUUACAAAUAUAAAAAAAGCGAUGAUCACCGUGUUAGUGUUAAGUGCAAAGCAGAAGGGUGCCCGUGGCGGAUAUAUGUUUCCAGAUUACCCACUACCCACUUAAUCCGCAUCAAAAAAAUGAUCCCUGAGCAUACAUGUAAUGGAAUGGCUGCAAAGGCUGGUUAUCGUGCUACAAAAGGAUGGGUAGGAAAUAUUAUAAAAGAAAAGUUAAAGAAUUCUUCAAACUACCGACCAAAGGAUAUUGUUGCUGACAUACAGCGGGAAUAUGGUGUUCAACUAAAUUAUUCACAAGCAUGGCGUGCAAAAGGAAUUGCUAAGGAGCAACUUCAAGGCUCAUACAAAGAAUCUUACUCCUUGCUCCCUUUAUUCUGUAACAAAAUAAUGGAAACGAAUCCUGGUAGUUUAGCUACAUUUGCUACAAAAGAGGAUUCAAGUUUCCAUCGUGUUUUUGUCUCGUUUCAUGCCUCUAUAUCUGGUUUUUUAAAUGGAUGUCGGCCUUUGAUAUUUUUGGAUGAUAUUCCUUUAGAUUCAAAGUACCAAGGGACUUUAUUAAUGGCCACUGCUGCUGAUGGGGAUGAUGGUGUAUUUCCAUUGGCUUUUGCUGUUGUUGAUGAUGAAACCGAUGAUAAUUGGCAUUGGUUCUUAUCCCAAUUGAAAAUUGCCGCUCCAAUAUCCCAACCGAUUACAAUCAUUGCUAAUUUUAAUAACGGCCUAAAAGAUGCCAUAGUCAACGUAUUUGGUGGAGACUGCUUUCAUGCUUAUUGUUUAAGAUAUGUCGCUGAGAAACUAAAUAAUGAUUUGAAGGGGCGGUUCUCACAUGAAGCCAGGCGCCUCAUGGUCCAAGACCUCUAUUCCGCUGCAUCUGCACCAAAGGUUGAAGUUUUCGAGCGAUAUACUCUAGAUAUAAAAGCUAUUUCACCCGAAGCAUAUGAUUUUGUACUUGGCAGUGAGCCACAACACUGGGCGAAUGUGUUCUUUGAUGGAAUGAGAUAUAAUCAUAUGACAUCUAAUUUUGGACAGUUGUUUUAUGAUUGGGUAGAAGAAGCAGUUGAGUUGCCAAUCACUCACAUGAUUGAUGUCUUGCGAGGGAAAUUAAUGGAGUUGAUUUAUACACGAAGGGUUGAUUCUAACAAAUGGACUACAACACUGACACCUUCUAUGGAAGAAAAGCUUAAGAAUGAGGCUUCAAAAGCUCAAUCAUUUCAAGUGAUGCCAUCACAUACUAGUGUGUUUGAGGUUCGUGGUGAAUCUGUGGAGAAGGUUGACAUUAGUCAAUGGGAUUGUAGCUGCAGAGGGUGGCAGCUGGCUGGACUGCCAUGCUGUCAUGCUAUUUCUGUUAUUGAGUGCAUUGGUAGAAGUGUAUAUGACUAUUGCUCUAGAUAUUUCAUGGCUGAGAGCUACCGAAAAACAUAUGCAGAUUCAAUUUACCCGAUACCUAAUGUUGAGGGUCCGUUAGAUGGUGAGGAAUUAUUGGUAAGUAUUACACCUCCUCCUGUUAAACGCACUCCAGGAAAACCAGGUAGGCGGGCAAAGUUGAAGCAGGCUGGGUCGUUGGAGCUAAUAAGAAGACAAAUGCAGUGUAGUAAAUGCAAGGGUUUGGGUCACAACAAAAAGACGUGCAAAGUGUUAGAGAAUGCAGACGCAUGAAGCAUUAUGAACUCCGGAAGCGCUGUGAGUUCAGUUGGUUUCUUGUUAGGUUAAUGACUGUCAUGAUUACACCGAAACAAACAAUAGCUGGUUAGUCAUUGUAUAUGUUCUGCAAUUUUUGCUUCACAUCUACUAGAAGUUGGAAAAAGUCAAAUCUUUGUUACAUUAUGAGAUCUCAAUACUGUAGUCAAAAUUUUCGGGAUUCCUUAGGGCGUGAAAGCAUUCCAUCAGGCUUCCCGCUGAAGGAUGUGUUCAAGUCGCUUCUUUUCUGCUUUCAUCUGAGGCCAAUAAAAUCGAGCGCCAAGCAAUGCCAAGCAAUGCCAUUGUUCGGUGCUGACUGGGAUGUCCUGCCCAAGGGGCAAGUCCAGAUUCCAGUUAAAUUCAAAUUUGUUGGUUCAUCUAAUUACAUCCAAUUGCACUCAGUGAUGUUUGUGCCAUGUUAAGAACUCUUCUGGAUGUAGUGUUUUAAGUCGUGAGAGCAUAGAGGGAGUGAGAUGACACUGAAUGAAGCCUAUACACAACUUUUAGUCAUUGUUUGGUUCAACUAGUGAAAAAGUGUGAUUUGAAGAUGAUUUAUAGAAUUUCAUGUGCCAUUGUAGAUCGAAUCAUUGUUGUCAAGGUGUCUUUUCUUUGGGAAAAUUAUAAUAUUAGCACACAGCAGCACAAUUAUUCA